GCGAAUUGCAAAUGGUGCUCUUCUCUAACUUCCAAUCCAAUUUCUCAGUCAGGAUGAAGUUUUAAAAUUUUCACAUAAUGUGGACCUGUGUCAGAAGCAGCAAUUUCUUCUCGCUUCAAAUACGAUGCUCGGAUUCCAAACCAAGCCGUGGUUUUGGAGCAAACAAGGCCAACAAUGGCAGCAAGGCCAACGAAGUUAAUACCGCGAGGGAUGGCAAGGGCCUUGUAUCGUCGCAAAGGCGAUCACCGUCUAAAGAGUCUCCAUCUCUAUCGCCUCAGUUAUCCCGUCCAAGUUCUAGAAGCAAUUCUUUGGAUGUAGAAUUUGAAGAACGACUAAAAGCAGUAAAAAGAUCAGCUCUUGAGCAAAAACAGGCUGAGGAGGAAAAGCAAUUUGGCGCAAUUGACUAUGAUUCCCCAAAUUCAGAUGACAAGACCAUUGGGCUUGGUACCAAGAUUGGAGUAGGUGUGGCUGUCUUGGUCUUCGGUCUGGUAUUUGCGUUUGGAGAUUUUCUUCCAUCAGGAAGUGUUAGCCCCAAUGAAGAAAGUGCAGUGGUCAACAAUAAGCUGUCAGAGGAGGAAAAAGCUAGUCUUCAGAGUAGACUCAAGGAAUAUGAGGCAAUAUUGCGCAACUCCCCAAAAGAUGCUACUGCUCUUGAAGGAGCUGCUGUAACUUCGGCAGAACUCGGGGAUUAUGCAAGGGCUGCCUCUCUACUUGAUGACUUGACUAAGGAAAAACCAAAUGAUGCUGAUGUUUUUCGCUUGCUUGGGGAAGUUAAGUUUGGACUAAAAGAUUAUCAAGGCAGUGUUGCUGCCUAUAAAACUUCAGUAACGGUAGGUAAAGAUGUUAAUUUUGAAGUUCUGCGAGGCCUUACUAAUUCAUUGCUUGCUGCAAAAAAGCCAGAUGAGGCUGUUCAGUUCCUGCUGGCCUGUCGUGAGCAACUGAAUUCCAAAAAAACAAACAAUGGAGUUGACAGUAGCCCUACGGAAUCAGAGAAGUUGGAUCCAGUUCAAAUUGAAUUACUUCUUGGGAAAGCCUACUCAGAUUGGGGUCAUGUCAGUGAUGCUGUAGCAGUUUAUGAUCAGCUUAUAUCUACUCACCCUGAUGAUUUCCGUGGAUACUUAGCUAAGGGAAUUAUCCUGAAAGAGAACAACAGCUUGGGAGAUGCUGAGAGAAUGUUUAUUCAAGCUCGGUUCUUUGCACCAGAAAACGCCAAACCACUUGUAGAUCGUUACUCAAGACGGUAAUCCAAUGACUUGCUUGAACUGCCUGCAUAUUGAUGAAGUUUUACAGCCUCUAGAAUUAAGGCUUUAUCUGAGGUAACACGGGGCUUUCUAUUUUCCACUUCUAGGCUGUAAACACCGUGCCGCUGUGUGUGUGUGUGUGUCUAUAUGUAUGUAUGUAUGUAUGUAUGCAUGCAUGUAAUUAUUCUCUGGAUGGAUCCCACAAUUGUUUUGUUGGUUGAAAUCCCACAAUUAUUAAAAUCUCAGGAUAUUUAAUUAGUUCAUAGCAUGAUACUGAAGCAAGAUUGGAUUUGGAAUACAUUUUAAAUGAAUCAUCAAUCAUGGGAGGGAUCCCGAUGUUUGGAAU